GCCACAUCUAAUUAUUGGUUAUGUAAUUCAUUGAGGUAUUAAAUUGAGAUUGAUAAGACAAAUGGAAAUAUUACCAUAAGGUUUAAUGAUAAUUUUGUUUAACUGCAACAUUUUUGUUGUAAAUUUAUUAUUUUAUGAGCAUUAGAAAUAAACGUAAUUCGUUUUUCGCAUUUUUUACUGAUGCAUCAUAUAACCUCAAAGUGAUUUCUUAUUUCACGAAACUUACCAAAUUUAUAUAUUUAACGACUGUAAUUUGUCAUAAAGAGGUGCACAUUACAUGUCAUCCUUAUACAUAAGUUAAACUAACACAAUGAAACAUAUAUCUACCGAAAAAUCAAAGAAAAAUGGCUAUCAGUCAGAUGAUGACAAUGUACGGUAUAAAAUCAACAAGGAGUAUUUUAAUGGAAAACAAAGUCCCAAAACCGUCAAAAGACCUGAUAUAAUCGACGUAGAUGAUGAAAAUGUCCGUUACAAAUUUCCUACAACCCUUUCAGCAUCCAAGUCUAAAUUAAUAGAACGGAAACCAAAAUCGAAGCCUAAAAUUAAAGUUAACUUCUGGAGUAACAAGCAAGCAGUAAGAAGACUAAAUAAAGCUGAAGACAAAGAAGUUAGUAGUAAUCGUAGGCAUACUGUUGGUGGUAGCAUUAAUGAACUAACGGCCAAACCAAAGACAUCUACUGUCAAAGUGCGCAAACGAGUCUCUUUCCUGCCUUCGCCUCUCUUUUUAGAUAAUCAUGUACCCAUGGUUACUGUACCAGAUGACUUGACAAUACAGUUAAAUGAAGAAGAGGCAAAUGACCUUGGUGAAGACCUUAACCAUGCCUUUAUAAAUAGUCAAAGGGAAGAAAUAAAAUCAAACGAUAAUUCAAAAAGAAAAGGAAGAUCUUCAACAACAACACAAGCCAGUCCUAAGCUUGCUAAACGUAAAAGGAGUUCUGAUGACUCUGAGUUACGAUCUCAAGGUAACGAGAAUGAGUUGGAGUUCUUCUCAAAAUACGUUGUACAAAAACUAAGAAGAAUGGAGACUAAUCAAAGAAUUUACUCCGAAAACCUUAUUAACACAGUCCUUAUGUUAGGUCAACUGGGUAAAUUGAAUGGUAAAUCAAAAAUAAAUGAAGUAUAAUAUAUUUACAUAUUUAUAUUAUGUACUUUAUACAUGUUUACACAAAUUGUUAGUAUACUCCAAAUAGAUUUGGAGACAAUUGUUUUUCACCAGAGAUACUGUUUAAUUCUUACUAAAUUGUGAUUCAUCUAUUUUGUAAAACAUAUAAGUAUUUAAUAAUUUAUAUCUUUCAAUUAAAAUUUUAGGAACAAUAUGUUUCUAAAUUAUAGUGUAUAAGAUUUUUUAAAUGUACAUUAUGUACAUAAAGAGCACCAAUAGUGACUUUUUAUCUUACAUGAGAAGCUACUAUUAUUUAAUAUUGUUUCUUACGCUUACAAACAGCCAACAUUUUAAUAUCUACUCUAUUUUUAGUAGUUAAUAUUGAGAUUUCACUCUAUGAGAUAAUAACAGUAUCACAGUAAUAGCAUGACCAUACACACUACCUAUUUUUUAUAAUUUACAGUAGUUUACUAGUACUUCCCAAUUGAAAACCAUUUUUUUUUUUAUCUAAAAUAUUAUUAGCCUUAUAAGUUAUUGAAGUAUACAAUUAAAAGUAACUAAAA